UACAUUCAGAAGUCCAAAGUGCCUUGAAGUUGUAGCACGCAAUAUGUAUUAAGUAUCUUUGUAAAUAUAGCGCAUUAAAUUAAAAGUAGAGUUAUAUUUAAUAGAAAGCGCUGUUAUUAAGAUGUGCUUAAGAUAGUUACAAAAAAGUUUAUUAGUGUUUUUAAUAUAAUAUUCGGUCCACGAUGGCUCCAAAUUUUAGUAAAAUUACGUCAAGGACAGAUGUGAAACUUGGACUUGCUGCCUCUGCGGCUCUAAGUGCUUGGAUCUUGAGGAAUUUCUUAAAGUCCAAGAAAAAUGUCAAACAAGGCCAAUUAUCACCAGCAGAGACCGUGCAAUAUAUGAUAAAAGAUAAAGACAGAAAAGGUCCAAAAGCACAAGUUGAUGCACAGUUCUUUGCGGAGCUAAAGUCAUUAUGGAAGAUCAUGGUUCCUGGUCUUUGGACCAAGGAGAGUGGCUUUAUGGCCCUGAUAGCAUUAUCACUGAUAUCUAGAACAUUAUGUGACCUAUGGCUUAUUCAACAUACAACACUUGUAGAAGGAUCAAUUAUAACAAUGAAUUUAAAAGAAUUCAGAAGACUUCUCACCCAGCUGUUCAUAUCAAUGCCGUUGAUAUCUCUAGUGAAUAACAUGUUGAAGUGGAGCAUAGGUGAAGUGAAGCUGAGACUGCGUACGAAUUUAUCAUUACAUCUUUAUCAACAAUACCUGAAAGGCUUCACAUACUACCAGGUGACGAAUCUAGAUAACCGGAUAUCAAACGCCGACCAGCUGCUUACUACGGACAUCGACAAGUUCUGUGACACGGUCAUCGACUUGUACAGCAAUAUCAGCAAACCGAUGCUCGAUAUAUCGAUUUACUUGUAUCGGCUGACUGUAAAUUUGGGACCGUCGACACCAGGUAUCAUGAUGGCGUACCUGUUAGUCUCUGGCAUAUUUUUGACGUAUCUUCGUAAACCAACAGCCAAAAUGACGGUCCAGGAACAAAAACUCGAAGGUGAAUUCAGAUAUGUUAAUUCUAGGCUGAUCACUAACUCCGAGGAGAUCGCGUUCUAUCAAGGCAACCAUCGCGAGCAGUUGACAAUACUAGCCAGUUUCUACAAGCUGACCAGACAUUUGCGCAACUUCCUCAAUUUCCGCGUCAUGAUGGGCUUCAUUGACAACAUCGUUGCCAAAUACAUCGCGAUUACCGUCGGUUUCUACGCCGUGUCGAGGCCAUUCUUCGUCAAAGAUCACAACUUGUUGACAACAGGCACAGAACAGGACAGAUUCCAGCACUACUAUACUUAUGGCCGUAUGUUAGUCAAAAUGGCGGAAGGUAUCGGUAGAUUAGUACUGUCCGGCAGGGAGCUUAGUAAACUGGCUGGUCUUACUGCUAGAGUUACUCAACUCAGACAUGUAUUGGAGGAUAUUAAUAAAGGAAACUAUAAGAGAACUAUGGUAGAAAGACAAGCAAAUGGCAAUGGUCCCCCCAUGCUUCUAUCUCCUGGAGCAGGGAAGAUCAUAUACCAGGAUAAGAUCAUACGCUUUGAUAAAGUACCGCUGGUAACACCAAACGGUGAUGUUCUCAUCAAGGAAUUAACCUUUGAAGUCAAAUCUGGUAUCAAUGUGUUAGUAUGCGGACCUAACGGCUGCGGUAAGUCUUCUAUGUUCCGUAUGCUGGGUGAGCUUUGGCCUAUCUUCGGAGGAACCCUGACCAAACCGCCGAAAGGGAAACUGUUCUAUGUACCGCAGAGACCUUAUAUGACACUAGGAACGUUCAGAGAUCAGGUGAUAUACCCCCAGACCCAACAGGAGAUGAUCCGUCGAGGCCGUACUGAUGAGGAACUGCUCAAGUUCCUGGAUAUAGUCCAGCUUUCCUACCUGGUGACCAGGGACGGCGGCUGGGACGCAGUCGAAGACUGGAUGGAUGUACUGUCCGGGGGGGAGAAGCAAAGGAUAGCGAUGGCGCGACUUUUCUACCACGCGCCUCAGUUCGCGAUCCUAGACGAGUGUACCAGCGCUGUGUCCGUCGACGUUGAGGGACAAAUGUAUAGAUACUGUAGAGAGAUGGGUAUAUCUCUGUUCACGGUGUCACACAGGAAGUCGCUCUGGCAGCAUCACGAUCACUUCCUGCAGAUGGACGGACGAGGCGGAUACGUGUUCGGGGAAAUUGACAACGACACGCAGGAGUUCGGAUCGUGAUCCACAACGUAGCGGAUCCAGCUUGAUUAUGGAUCGCGAUCCGUGUAUAUUAUAGGCACGUCAGAAAUCAGGAUCUUAAUACAUAUACAAUUUGAAUAUAUUAAUGACAAAUGUUGCACACUUAUGAAAUGGAUAUAGAACAAGUCGGAUUGUGAUCUGUUCGUGAACUGCCUGUAUAUCCACUUCUAACUUGAUCAGUUGUUGUGGUUAUAUAAAUGCAAAAUGGGGUCUCUUUGAUAUCUAUCCAUACAUUUAUUUAGAUUGUAUUGUUUUAUAUAUAUAUAUAUAUAUAGAUAUAUAUAUCAUAAUUCGCAAAUUAAUCAUAUGACAAGUGUAAAUUUACAAUUUUAAUAAUUAUAUUUGUUUUGUCAUUAAAUAUUAUAAGGAAAUUGAAGGUUCAAUAAUAAAUGGUCACACAUAUAGGCAAGGAUAACGUAAUAUAUAUUCAAAUUAGUCACAAUAGUUAUACUUGUAUAAUCCUAUAAGAAAUAUUGUGGACAUUUAUAUAAAAUAGAACAAUUUAAAAACUAUUAUAAGAUAAACUAUUUAACAUUUUAACAAAUAUGAAAUCAGUACAAGUAAUUGAGUUGGGACCACAAAAUGAUAAUCACAUCAUUGUUACAUCAGAUUUGUACACAGAAAUAUUUAUUAUAAUACAUAAGUGUAGCGAAUAAAAUUCAUUACACGUCUCUUUUAAAAUAAUCUAUUUAAAAUAAAUCAUGUAAAAUUCUCUGUUGUUAUCAAUAAUAUCAAAUGUAUGAGAUAUGUUUCAAUCAAUAUUCACAUGGCACUGUGUAUAUUAAAUUAUUUUUUUAAUGAUUUAUUUCAUUAAAUAUUCACAUGAUUCAUACAAAUUCAAAUUAUGUAGCGUUGUACUAAAUCUAGUUACACCAUAACUAACACACCUUCAGAAGGACGCCAGCAAUUUAUAACUCAGAUUUUAUUGACAACUUUUUCUUUUAUUAAAAAAAGAGUUUAAAAUAGAAAUGUAUCAUUUGUGAUACACAUAUUAUUUAUUUACAAUGGUUUAUCAUCACAAAUGUGUCUCGUUUAUUUUUGUUGUAUUAACAAUUUUAUAUAAUACUGUAAUGAAUGUUACAAUAGUUUCUACUUAUUUACAUGUAAAAUGCUGUGAUAGACGUUAAGUUUGUUGUUCUUAUUAAAUUGAAGGUGCUGGGAAUAAAUGAAGGUUAAGGACAGGAA